AGAGGUUUACCAGGAUUAUUCGAAAAUCAGUAUGACAGAGAUAACACCCCUAUUCAACCUCGAAACCCGGAUUCACGAAGAAGAAAACUCAGAAGAGGUCUGCUUGCCUCGGAAAUUGAAUUAUAUUGUCCAGAGAUUAUAUACAGAGGACCAAACCAAACACCAGUCUUAUUUCUUGAACAAGAAAAGAAUUCAUUAUUAUCGUCGUCAGAUGAAGAGCUGGAGGGUAUUGAGGUUCCCACUACAGUCUUUAGUCCAAGGGAAACACCUUCAGUUUUCAAGAAUGGGAAAGAAGAAAAGAAGAAGACUCUUGUAACUACUGAAAAGGAGUCUAUGAGUAGUAGAUUGUUA